AGUUGAACAGUUGUGUGUUCAGCAGCGGUCCUGUCUCUCUGUACUUUCUAGAAGCAGCGGCUGAACUCUCCUGCAGGAUAUUUAUUCCCUUUAACCAACAGAGCACAUUCUAUCCCAGAGAUGGCCAGAGGAAGCCGCAGUCGUCCUUCAGCUCCAGCCAGCCCAGCUCCAUCCCAUGUCCCGGCACCUGCUCAUCCACCUCCGGCCUCACUGGCUCCGGCUCCGGCUCCGUCCCAGGGACCCGGCCUCAUGGCCCAGAUGGCUACCACCGCUGCUGGGGUGGCCGUAGGUUCGGCCGUGGGCCACGUCAUCGGCAGCACCCUCACCGGAGCAUUUAGCGGGGGAGGCAGCAGCAGUGCAGAGCCAGCCAAGUCUACACAGCAGGAGCCGCCCCGGCUGUCCCCAGCCCAGCUGGGCCCCUGUCACUUUGAGGUCAAACAGUUCCUGGACUGUGCAACCAACCAGCCUGACCUUACCUUCUGUGAGGGCUUCAACGAGGCGCUCAAACAGUGCAAGUUCUCCCAUGGUGUGACAUCGCUGGUGUAAAGGAGGACAGAUGCAUCCCAUCAUCGAAACGUGUGACAUACAUCACAUGAUUUUUCUAGUUGAAAUGAAUGAAAAUGAACAUGCCCAUGCUGAACGUAAACCUCAGGCAGUGACUGAAACGUGUGAAAUGUGUUUGGUAAUGUACAGUGAUGAACCUUUAAUAAAUAGCUGCUAUCUAAUUUAA